AUGGGAAAAUUAUUACGUCAAAUACUUAAUUUAAGUUAUAAUUUAAAGAAAUUUAAAAGAAGCAAGUUUGUUAUUUAUUUAAUUUUUAAAUUAUCCCUUUUUAAUUUAUCAAGUAGUUCAAUUGAUGAUGAUGAUGUAGAAGAGGCUGUUAGUGUUAGUAUUGCAAGUAGCGCUGUAGAUAAUAGUUCUUGUUUGAGUGUGCCAAUACUUUUUAGAAGAAAUUCUGCUUUAAGUUCUGUUCCUUCUGCUUCUACUUUUCAGCAAGAAACUGCUAUAAUUGAUGAAGAAUCAGAAGAAAAUUGUACAGAAACAUUUUUUCUUAGAAGAAGGAAUAAACAUUCAAUUUUAAAUGCAGUAAUUUAUCCAGAACAACAUGCAAGUGUAAAAGCAACAUUUUGUGGUAAUAAUUUUCAGGUUGAUGUUGAACGUAUGAGUGAAUGUGGGAGAGAUUCUGUUGUUAUGGUUUCAGAGGAAUUUUGUGAAAAGAAAGUACUUAUACGUUCUGGAUCUCCUUUACUUAAAUCAACAAUAAUGGAGGAAAUUGAACGAGAGAAUAGUGAUUCCCCAGGGUACACAGAUGCCCACACACGUAUGGCUGUCUCUAUAAAUGCUAAAAGUGAUUAUGAUUCUGUACAUGUCUUUCUCGAAGAAAUACCUUGGGGCCAAAUUGGUCUCGAAGUAAAAGAAUCUCCUCCACCCUUAAAUAACAAAAGAAAUAAUAACAAAGCUAUAACAAAUAUUUCUUCUCCAGGCAAUCUAUUUUUGUCAUCAUUCGAAAAAUUCUUAUUAAUUUAA